GCAACCAACUGCAACUCACACCUUGUCGGUAAAAUCAACAAUAACUCGCAUAACCAAUCGAUCCCAUAAAAACCUUGCUCCUCGAAGAAUUUUCAAAAACAUCCAUAUGUUAUCAGUAAUUCCGUACGUGUGACCACCAUCUCUGAAUUACUCAUCCAACAAAAAAUCUGCGGAAGUCAUAAAAAUCGAGGAAUUUAUUAUACCCGACUGCAACAAUUAAAACACCACGAUUGGGUAUGACACAUCGUGCAUCUCUUGCUCCUCAUUGACAAAUAAUUGAACAAUGCGGUGCUACGCCGUAUGUCAUCUGUGUUUUGCAAUAAAUUGUCAACUCAAUUCAUCUCCUUAGUUUUUUUUCAUUUCGUCCAAGAGGAAAAAUAAUUGUUUACUGGAGUUAAUUGGAUACUUUGAGAUGGAGAACAACCAGGAAAAUCAUACUGCAGUGGAAGACUCUGAAGACGUAGACAUGAAGGCAAAAGUUGAAAGGUUGGAGUUGGAAAAUGCACAUAUGCGAGAGGAAUUCAACGGUCAACGGGCAAAAAUGAAGGAGUUAUUCCUGCAGAAAGAAGAAGAGUUGAAAAGACGGUUUAAAGAGAACGCAGACCUCCAAGAGGAAGUGUCUACACUCAGGCACGAGUUGGACGAGGCGAAAAGUCAGCUUGUCGUUGCCAAUCUUCGACUCGAGUCUGAUAUCGAUUUGGAGACGGAGAAGGCCCAGCAGGAGAUUGCAUCACUUCAACAGGUGAUUCAAGACACGAUGGAGGAGUCUGCAUGCACACGUGAACAGUUGGAGAAUGAAGUGCGAAAGUUGAAGGUUUACAUAACAAAGUUGGAGGAGGAGAAUUCUAUGAUAAAGUCACAGAUUGCUAGGGAUGUACCUCAGGAUGGACCGCCAAUUUCAUUGUCUCAUGUCACUAAAACUUUGGCGAGGAAAGUUGCAUCGCAGUUAGGCGCCGAUGCUCUCUCUCUGGGGCCUGAGAAUCUCGAGGAGAGCAUGCGGAAGGUAAAAAAAUAUGCUCAAGAAGACGCAGAAGUAUUACGCUCCCUCGUAGUCCCCCUCGAGGAGGAGAUAAAAGCCCUGAAGGAGAAGCUUCGAUCGACAGACGACGAGCUCCAAAAAUGCAAAGAACAGCAGCAGCAGCAGCUCCAAAGGCGCUUGGAUCCUGACAACGAGAACACCUGUGACAUGUGCAUAAACUACGAGGCUCAACUCGUGAAGAUGCAGACGACAGCAAAAGACCUCGAGAAACAAUUAGCAGAUAGUGAAAAGGCUCUGCAGGCUCAGAGGGAGGACCUCUCCAAGGAGGUCGAAUUUAGAAAGGGAAUGGAGGAGAAGUGGAAUGAAAAAAAGGAAGAGCACAAGAUUAAAGUAACAGAGUUGACAGCUGCCUCGCAACUAGCGCAGCAGACACUCCAGGAAUUGAAGCAGCAGUUCAUUCAGACACAUCAAGCAGUGACGGAGGAGCUGAGGAAAUUGACGAGAGGGAGGGAAGAGGUGCAGAGGCAUCUGAUGGAGCUCCAAAGGGAGAAUGAAAUCCUCGUGGGGAAGUACAGCAAACAUUCUGAACAACUACAGUCGGAGAGCAUCAACAUGCCAAAUAAUGUUGAAGAACUCCAUCUGAGUCUUCUUAAGAUUAGGGAGGACUUGAUCAGUGCGCGGGUCGCUCAGGAGGUGGCGCAGGAGAAGGAAUCGACGUUGAGGUACGAGGUGGGACUCCUCAGAGAGCAGAUGAUUGCCGAGAAGGAAAUGAAGCUGCAGAGACUCGAGAAGGAACUAGAAGAGGCCUUGAGUGAGAAACAAGAGGGGGAGAACACCAUUGCUGAAUUGAAACAGAGGGUCACGAAUCUACAGAAGGUGCUGGAUACCAGUGGAGAGGUGCAGAAGGACUUUGUUAGGCUGUCUCAAUCUCUUCAGGUCCAAUUGGAGAAAAUUAGAGAAUCUGGAAGUGAGGUACGAUGGCAGCAUGAAGAAGACGUCGAUGAGUGUCCAACUUGUCAUGUGGCUUUCUCAAUUGGGAAGAAAAGGGUACAUUGUCGUCAUUGUGGCCAUAUAUUCUGUCAAAACUGCUUGACACACGUUGUAAAUAGUGGCCCUAAACAGAGGCCAUCACGUGUCUGUGGGGUUUGUCAUACUUUACUUGUGCCAGACACAGCCCCGUAUUUCAGUCAAGAACCACCUCACACACCCGAUUAAUAGCUUCUGUGUAUAAAUUUGAUAAUAAAUCUCAUUGUUGUUGUUUGAUAUUUUUUUAGAUAGAAUAAAUUAAACAAGUUUUUCAAACAUCCACCAAAAACGUGCAAUACUGAAUUUGGUGGUGACUUCAAACAAAAUUGAAAAUACAAAAUUGAGUAGAUGAUGUUAGGUAUGAGAUUGAGAGAAUUAUUCUGGAUAAAAAUUAUGGGCAAAUGACUCGUUAGUGGUUGUACUAUAAAAUUAAUAUUUGCAUCACAGAUGGAGGAUUGAUGAAAUUCCAUGAAGAUAAAAUCAGUUGACGAGUGGUGAAAGACAGGUAAUCAUCAGAUUAAAUUAAAUAUAUACAUAUAAAGAACACUUUUUUGAGAGAUUUUUGUCAAAAAUAAUAAUUAUUAUUUUUGGUCUUCCUUUUUUUCACCACUUGGCUACGGAAAUAUAUUUUAUGAAUAUGGGGCAGCAAAAAUAUUGAAAAUAAUUGUUGUAAUGUACACGGAGAGGAGCAAUGACUGAGAUCCAUGAUUUACGAAAUUUCUAAGAUCAAGGAUAAAAUUCAUUCAUUGUCAUUCCCAACAUUUUCGCCCCAAUCACAUGAAUUUUGGACAUGUUUUUCUCCCGUUCAAUGAGACAUUUCGACAAGAAUAGAAAUUGUUUUUCUGCUAGUCUGAUCAAUUAAUUGAUUAAUUAAUUCCUCGUUCCGGAUUUUUCUGUAAAUAAUCGAAAUUCUGUAAUGACAUUCGUGUUCAUUGUAAUUUAAUGAUGGAAUAUUAAAGCUUUUGAAUUGAAAUUA